ACAGACCUACAGACAAAAUGUUCAAAUUGGUGGUGUUGUCCGCUCUUUUGGCCGUUGCCGCCGCUCGUCCCGGAUACUUGGCUCCGGCUGUUUACAGCAGUGCCGUCGUGGGCAGCGUUCCCACCUCCAUCAGCCACCACAGCAGCUCGGUGGUCCACAGUGCCGCCAUCGCCGCCCCCGUCGUCCACGCCGCCCCUGUUGUACACGCCGCUCCUCUCGUCACGGCCCAUGCCGCCCCCAUCGUUGCCGCUCAUGCCCCACUCAUCUCCACCUAUGCUGCUCACGCCCCUCUCGUCUGGUAGAACCGACGAAGUUAGGAAAAUAGUCAUCUUCAAGCCGAAGAAGCAGCAACCAAUCUGUUAUCUCUGCCAUAUUUAAUGCUCUCUACUGUGAAAAAAUAAAUAUAGAUCCUUUUUUACCCUUA